UGCCCGGCCGCUCGGGCACGGCGGAGCCUGCGCCCCGCCGACAGAAGUUUGCUGCUGAAAGGGGAGGGGGAAAAAAAAAUAAUAAUUAAUAAAUUAAAAAAAAACCAAAACCACAAAGAAGGAAGAGCCCCCUCCUUCUCUGCCCCGGAGGGAUGCGGCGAAGAGCGGCCGGCGGGAGCCCGCGCUGCCCGGCCCGGCUGCGGGCAUGACCCGGGGCCGGAGCGGGGCUGAGCCGGCAGCGGUGUGAGCCCUCGCCCCGGGAGGGCCGUGCCGGGGCGGCGGGGACGCCUCCCGCCCUGCCCAGCCUCCGCGCAUCCUCCGGCACCGCCUGCGCCGGCCGUGCCGAGCCGUGCCGGGCCGGUCGGUCCGAGCCGAGCCCUGCCGUGCCCAGUCGGUGUGAUCCGAGCGGUAGGAUGAGGGGCAUCCUCUACUUCUGCACGUUGAUCCUCCUGGAAGGUAUGGCAGAAGCUGUCAGCUCAAGCAGGGACUGCCUUCAAGCAGGCGAGUCCUGUACCAAUGACCCUGUCUGCAGUGCCAAAUUCAGGACCCUCCGGCAAUGCAUUGCAGGCAAUGGAGCCAACAAGCUGGGCCCCGAUGCCAAGAACCAGUGCCGGAGCACCGUGACGGCCCUGCUCUCCAGCCAGCUGUAUGGCUGCAAGUGCAAGCGAGGCAUGAAAAAGGAGAAGCACUGCUUGAGUGUCUACUGGAGCAUCCACCACACAUUGAUGGAAGGCAUGAACGUACUGGAGAGUUCCCCUUACGAGCCGUUCAUCAGAGGCUUUGAUUACGUCCGGCUGGCAUCCAUCACUGCAGGGUCUGAGAACGAGGUGACCCAGGUGAACCGGUGCCUGGACGCCGCCAAAGCCUGCAACGUGGAUGAGAUGUGCCAGCGGCUGCGGACAGAGUAUGUCUCCUUCUGCAUCCGGCGCCUGGCCCGGGCCGACACCUGCAACCGCUCCAAGUGCCACAAGGCUCUGCGCAAGUUCUUCGACCGCGUGCCGCCCGAGUACACCCAUGAGCUGCUCUUCUGCCCCUGCGAUGACACAGCCUGUGCCGAGCGUCGGCGGCAGACCAUCGUUCCUGCCUGCUCCUAUGAGUCCAAGGAGAAGCCCAACUGCCUGGCACCUCUGGACUCCUGCCGGGAAAACUACGUCUGCAGGUCACGCUAUGCAGAGUUCCAGUUUAAUUGCCAGCCAUCCCUGCAGGCGGCGAGCGGCUGCCGGAGGGACAGCUAUGCUGCCUGUCUGCUGGCAUAUACAGGGAUCAUAGGCAGCCCCAUCACACCCAACUACAUUGACAACUCAACGUCCAGCAUAGCUCCCUGGUGCACGUGCAAUGCCAGCGGCAACCGGCAAGAAGAGUGUGAGAGCUUCCUGCACCUCUUCACUGACAACAUCUGUCUCCAAAAUGCCAUUCUGGCCUUUGGCAAUGGAACCUACCUGAAUGCAGCUGUGGCCCCAUCCAUCCACCCCACCACACAGAUGUACAAGCAGGAGCGAAAUGCCAACAGAGCUGUGGCAACCCUCAGAGAGAACAUCUUUGAGAACCUCCAGCCCACCAAGGUGGCUGGAGAGGAGAGGCUCCUGAGGGGCUCCACUCAUCUGUCAUCAGGGACCUCCAGCCCAGCAGUUUCCUUCCACUGGGCAGCCUCUCCACUGCAGAUGUGGCUUCUUCCCACUCUUACUGUGCUGAGCCUUUUCGUGAUGUGAAGCAGGGCAGGCACAUGCCAGGCAGAGACUCCCUUUGUGUUGGUUUCUUUACAAAACAACCAGACCAGUAACUUUUUAGGUGGGAGGAGAGGGAAGAGGGAAGGGAUGGGAAGGAGAGGUGAGCAUGAGUGCAUCCCUUCCUUCUCCUCAUCCGUCUGCCAAUGUAUUUGAUUUUAUACAAUCAGCAUCAUCGAUAACCAGCUCAUUCUUGGUCCUGGCCACCUUUCCACCCCACAGCUUUGUUUUCUCUCCAGCUCUCUGCAGAUGGGGUUGAAGCCAUGAACAAUUCCUUGGAAAAGCUGAAGGAGAGAGUUGAGCCAAGUAAUGAGAGCUGCAAAGAAAAUGCUUUUGCCUGCCCCAGCCAAGAGGGGAAAGAUUUUUGAUGGCUGAGCUGUCAGGAGGUUUUCUGAAGCCCUGACUCACGGUGGGGGGCUCUUGACAGGACAUGUUAAGAGAUAUGGAGUUUAGACUGUCUCCAGGGUUGCUCAGGACCCAAAGGGCAGCCCACCUGGUUCAGAGGGAUGAAACCAGAACCCUGAUGAGAAGGUUUGUUCAUCGGAGAGGAUCCUGGAGCACGUCUGGGGUGGCUCAAGUAACCAUGCCAGGAACUGGUUUGCGGGCAUUAUACACCCGCUUGAAACCGUGGCCAGCGUGCAUCUCCAAGCUGUCACCUAUCCCUUGGGCCCUCCUUUUUAUAGAAAUGUGUGUCAUGUAUUGAUGGUGUUCAGGAAGAAACACGUGUGUUGCGCUUUGUUUACAGCUGGCUUUCUUCGUGUCCCAACCCUAGCAUCUCUAUUCAUUGGUCCUGUAAAGUGUUUGGGGUAGGUAUUUUUUUGUCAUGUCCAAAUAACCAGAGGCCAAUGUUAUCCUACUCCAAGCUAACCUUUCUCCACGCAGGAUGAACAUGUGAGCCAAUGGGCAGGACUUGAUGCGAGCCCAAUGCAACCCAUUCUCACGUGCUACCUGUGCUUCCACCAGUCUCACAGAGAGUCAGAGGGUCUUCAGUCAUGGGGUUUCAUUAGCUAUGCAAGCAAGAGAUAUGAUAGAAAAUGUUUGCUAGAUAAACCCUGUUGGCAUAAAUAUUCAGCCAAUUUUUGGCCAAGGGCAAGUCAUGAAUCGUGUCAUGGGUAGGGAGUGGAUUGCUAAGGUUCUCGCCCUUGCAGGUUAGCACAUGAAGGACAUUGCCUCCUGCUAAGUGCUAAUUACUCAGCUGAGAUGUAGUUUAAGCAAAGGCUGGUGAAGUCACCCACUCUACUGCAGCCAGAGCCCAUCUGGAGGGUGAAGAGAAAUGUCUCUCUGGUCUCUCAGACCACAGGGAGACAGAUGCAUGACCUUGGGCUACCUGAGUAUUCAGGGGUCUUCCCUCAAGGAGGUGAGCUGGAGACUCCCAGUGACUUCUUGAGGGGUUGAACCCUUCGUUAGAUCAAGCCAAGAAAGAACAUGGUAAGGAAGGGUGAGAAGGUUUCAUGGGAUAAAUGCUUACCCAGGCUGACCGCCACAGGAGGUACAGGAAUAGCUCCAGAUUCUUGCUGAGUAUUUAGGACUGGGCAUUGCAACAGCCCACUUAUUCCUUGGUUUGUACUCCUUCAAGGAACAUUGUUAGCUCCUUAGCAUUUGGGUGCAUAGAGAGGCUUAUCAGCAGCUGAUACAGCAAAGUCCAGCACUUUUUAUUCAUGUUGCCUACAGAGCACUUUCCGUUACUUUUUUUUUGCUUCAGAUUUUGCUGAGAAACUGCAAGAACUUUCUUGGGUUUUGGCCCAAUAUGAAACCACUCUUGUUUUGGAAUGAAUGCCAGUGGAUGUGUACGACAUGCACAGAAAUCUUCCUGGCUGAAUUCUGUCCAAAGUUCUGCUCCUUGAGGUCCUCGAGGUUUUAGCACCUGGUUGUCCUAACCCAGGACUGUGCAAAGGACCAUGCCAAGAUCCAAGUCUUGUGUGCAGGGGGCCAGGUCACAUUCUGAACUGAAACUUCUAUGUGAAAUCUUCACUACCAAGGGGCUUAACCCUGGUCAGAAAACCAGGUAGGAAGGUAGUGUUACAGGCAGGAAAGUUCCUCACCCCUCUUCAAAGGACCACAGCCAUGCACUGAGUUGCUGUGAACAUCUCUGUUAUCCAGGACAGCGAUGUCCUCUGAGAGACUGUGGAGCCAUCUGUGCAGCAAGUCCACUAGCUGCAACUCUGCAAAACUUGUGUCCUCUAAGGCAGAAGGGCAGAGGUGAGAAUGGGAUUAAACCCUGACAUUCAGCCCUUCAAAGGCAAGGAACUACCUCAGCACCAUGAGGUCAUGCUGUGAAUUGCCUUUUGCUGCUUUCCCUUAAAGUCCUGUAGUCAUGCCUUGUUCUUCUACACAUCUGGCCCCAGCAAGCCAGGUCUCCAUCAGCCUUUAAUUUUCUUUCAUGGGCUGAGCCUCUGUGUAGGACAGGCGUGCAACUGGCAGCUGCUUUCCAGAAGAACUCACUCCUACAGUCUUUCAUGGCCCCACUCCUGUGCCUCUUAUAACUCACUGGCGUCAAAAGGGCACUUUGCCGUUUCCUUCUCUAAUUGACAUCCAGCAGAGAUAGAUAUUUUCUAUGUGGCCAGGAUGAUUGGCAACCCCACUUCAGCUCCCCCCUAGGACUGGUAUGCUGUGAAAAGUAGGUGUGGAGAAACCUACUCAGAUUACCGGAGAUGGAGGAGACCUCUAGAGGUUUCCUAGUCCAUUACCAUGUCCCACAGGAGGCCACAUUUACACUUUCAGGCAUAUUUAUCUUAAACGGUUUUUAACAAUUCCGGUGAGAGACAUCCUCCCCAGGAUUUAUAUCUUGCUUUAAAGGCUCCUUAGGAUGUUAGCUUUCUCUGAGCACUACAGGCCAAAGAGAUCCUCGAUUCCCGUUGCAGUCUCUUCUCAAGUCCUCAGUUUUGGUAGGAUGGCAAACCAACAGCUAAAACUGCCCCAAGGCUGUGGAAGGUGACAGCCAGCUACCAUGGAUCGUAUCACAGAGGCAUUGCAUGAAAAAUCCAGAAAAUAUGGCAAUGGUCUGCUGUGAUCCCUGCAAAAAUUGCAGUGAGUUAGUGUAAAUGGGUGUCUGCUGGACUUUGCAUGGGAUUCCUCUUCAUGCCCUAGGGGGACCUGAAAAACAUCUGCACAGUAGAGGUUGCAGGUCUGAAAACGCAGUCCCUCUCCGCAGCCUUUGCCCUGUGCUAUGAGUUGGGACACUGCAUCCUUCAAGCACUGUCCCAGGCCAGGUCCUGCUCUCCCAGGGGUUCCCCGCCAUCUGGGAAUGCUUCAAAAUGAAGUGAGUAAGGCACAGAGAAAUGAGUCUCUUGCCCAGCAGGGAAGAUCCUGGGGGGUGGGUGCGGUGGGGGGUGAUCAGUUGCAUUGUGCAGAAUUAAAAAAAAAAAAAGAUGCAAAAGCCUGCAUGAUUUUUUCCUCAUCAUUUCACCCUUUUUGUCAAUUUUUAAUGUCAAUUCCCCCUCCAAGCCUGUUCACAAAUUAAAAUUUUCAAGAAAAGAUGGCUUUUGAGCAGUCCUUUUGGAGCAGGAAACCCAAUUACAUUUCCCCACCACCUCCAAACACAUGUGUGCAUAAGCAAUUUUUUUUCCCUUGUGAAAAGUCAGUAAUUUUCCUUAUGACAUUUCAUCUCUGCUGAACUCUGCGAAGUGAACCAUGGAUCUUCAUUUUUAAGCCUCUUGACUAACCACCAAAGUCAUACAGCUGCUUGUAAAAGCAAAGGACUGAGCAAGCCGAGAGAGAGAAAGGGAGACAAUUUUUUAGGAAUUACUCCAUACCUAAAGACUUUCAAAAGCACAAAGAAGAGUCAAGGGAAAAGUAAGACAAAAAGAAUCAGCCAAGCUUUCCGUAGCCACCAAACUCUAUUUUUUUGGCUGCUCAGCACCAUUCCCAGUGGUUUGGCAGUCCUGAAAACCUGUGAAAUGUUGUGUAUGUACAAAUCCCACAUGACUGUCAAAGCAAGAGCACGAGCAGGGAGGGAGACACCACAGCGGGUGGCCAGUGAUGGAGCGAUGGUGACGCUGAAGGCUGGGGGGGUGUGUGCACGUGCGUGUAGGGGAGGAUGGUUGAUACCUGCCUCUGCUGCUGGGGUAUAACCUGUACUUAUCUCUUCUGUACAUGUCAAUAUUCAAACAUAUCCAUGAAUAAAGCACACAUGCAUU